AUGGAGAACUUCUCACUCCUCAGCAUUUCUAGUCCAAGAAUGUCUUCCUCUGUCAGGAGCAGUUUUCCAGACAUUAUAGCUUCCUGUGCCACCAGCUUACCAGACAUUGCAAAGACGGUGGCGCUUGCUGAAUCCCCCAGUCCAGCACAAGCCCUGCCAUCCCAGUACCAAAGCAGCAUUCUCCGGCAAGGGGGGCUUAACAUGGUGCUCUCACCAGACGGCACCACAAGGGACAUCCAGAACGGGGAGCAGCUGAGGCGGAACUGCACCAUCUACCGGCCCUGGUUCUCCCCUUACAGCUACUUCGUGUGCACAGACAAGGAGAACCACCUGGAGACCUACAGCUUCCCAGAGGUGCAGCAGGACGAGGGCAGAGGGGACAGCUACCUGCCCGAGGACACAGCUGAGAGUGUCUGCUCAUCGUCGUCUUCUCCAGAGAACACCUACUCCCAAGAGACCCCCAGGAAAUCCAGGCACGGCCUGGACUCCUUGGACCACAUCACCUCCCAGGACAUCCUGACAGCCUCCAGAUGGCACCCGGCCCAGCAGAACGGCUACAAGUGCGCGGCCUGCUGCCGCAUGUACCCCACCUUACACUCCCUUAAGUGCCACAUCAGGGCAGGCUUCAAGGAGGGCUUCAGCUGCAAGGUCUACUACCGGAAGCUCAAAGCCCUCUGGGGCAAGGAGCAGAAGGCCAGGCCCGGGGACAGGCUUUCUUCAAGCAGCUGCCAACCCUUCAAGUAG